CCCAGAGCUGUAGUUGUUGCGUGUCCUGGGUGGUUGCCAUAGCCACAGCACGACAGUUUCAUAAACAAAUGUUGGAAACACAUACCAUGGACGGACAACAUGAAAAGGUUCAAUUUUCAAUGGCGCUCUAUGACGCCCGGCGAAAGCGCACAGUAGAUGUGGACGCUUGUCUGCUGAGCGGAGAUGCUGCGGGGUAUGGAACACAGCAAAUGAGUGGCAACAUCAAUUUCAACACACGGAACCAGUUAUUUUCAGAUACUAGACAUGCAAAUAGAAGUAAGGACCCGUGCGAUAAAGCUGAGAUUUGGGGUCUACCAGACACUAUUGCAGAGAAAAAAAACUCGGACAUUAUUCACCACCUUGUUGAGAAAAGGCGAAAGGACCACAAUGAAGCUGUUUCCUUAUUGCAGAUGGAUCUCUCCAGCAUUUCUGUGGAUUUUGAAGCAUUGUUUAGGGAGACGGCAAAGGAUUUCUUGCAAAAAUGGUCAAAAAUUAAAGACAGUUUUGAAAAUGUCUCUGAUUUAACAGCACAUAGCUAUCAGGAUGCAAGCGAUAUAUGGAAUAAAGUGUGCCACACAUCCUUCUUGAUGAGAAAGUGGAUUAAAGAGCUAGAUGAGAUUUAUGCCAGAUUUGAAUCUGAGAGAAAAAUCAGGAUUUCAGCAGUACUGAGAAAGUACACCACAAAACUGGAGAAAAUCAGUUACUUGAUGCCGUACGAUGUCCACAGACUAAUGGACAAUAAAGCCAUGACGAUAAACCAAGCUCUGUUGGCAAAUCGAUGUGCUUUGGCCAAACUCUCUUUGAAUUGGAUGGAGAAACAUUUGCAGAUGGAAGUUUUCCAGAGGAUGAGAUGGGAGGACAAACUUCAAAACUGGCAAAAAAAUCAAACUUCUUGAAGCCAUUAAGCUGUUUAACCAGAUGACCCCACCAUCUCUGCCCGUGUCUCUGCCUGCCUUCUGGAUAUCUCUUCUUGGAUGUAAGAGCAUCAGCUACAACUCAACCUCUCCUAGACAGAACUCCUGGUUAUACCGGCCCACCCAUCAAAUGAACACCACCUUAAAACAUUCAGCUUUGGAUAAAAGCGUCUGCCAAAUGAAUAAAUGUAAAUGUAAUGUAAUGUCAAAGACAGUUAAAGAGCAAAAAGGUUAAUUACUCUAUACAGAGACACUUAUGUAUAAUAAUUGUGUGUAGAGGGCAUAAUUAUAACAGAUGGCACUUUCAUAAGCCGUACAAAAGCUCAUGCCCACACACACAUCAGAGGUUAAAGCUAUGAAACUGAGCAGAGUUUGUGAGUAUCAGUAGAAAUAAAUAGAUAGUUUGUUUCUUUCUUCUCUGUCUAAUGAGGUCUCAGGCUUAUGACUGUGACCGACAUUUAAUCACAUUGUCCUAAACACCAGAGGAGUGCUAUUAUUCCAGCCGUUCUGCAUCUCCAUCUGAAGAAUCCCAGUGUUAUAAAUAAGAGAAUGAGGUGCUUUUAACAAGGUUGCAGUCAUUUCAGGGUAUGUGCACCACUUUUCA